CCCGCUCUUGCGUUAGACUUUUGAGUUUGCCAUUGCCAGUGGACGCCCUUUAGGAUCAAUUAUCAUGGCCGUUCAGCGCGCUGUCAUUGUCCGAGAGCGCGGUCAAGUUACUUUGGCCGAUGAUGUGCCGAUACCCGCUUUGCCUGAUGAUUAUAUCCUGGUGAAGACACAAGCAGUGGCUUUGAACCCAACGGACUGGAAGCACGUUGACUUCGACACCUGCACAGGAACCAUCGUCGGCUGUGACUACGCCGGUGUCGUGGAGGCUAUCGGGCCACGAGUCAGGAAGCCUUGGAAGAAAGGGGACCGCGUGGCCGGCUUUGUGCACGGGUGUAACGUGAAGCAGACUCAUGGAGGUGCAUUUGCGCAGUAUGUCAUCGCGAAAGGGGACAUACAAUUCAGGGUGCCAAAAUGGAUGAGCAUUGACGGAGCCGCUUUCUUGGGUGUUGGCAUGAUGACUAUCGGCCAGAAUCUUUAUCAGUCCAUGCAACUCCCUGGCCCUGGAAUGGCAUGUGAUGAUGAGAUAGCGGAUAUGCAGAGAGACGAGAAGGGAAAUGAUGAGGACAUCCCUAGCAUCCUGAUCUACGGUGGUGCAACGUCAACAGGUUCCCUCGCGAUCCAAUUUGCAAAGCUAUCUGGGCUGCGCGUCGUCACAACGUGCUCAGAAGUUAAUCGUGCCUGGAUGCAUGAACUGGGUGCGGAUGCCGUCUUUGACUAUCACGAUCCUCACGUAGGUGACCGGAUCCGUGAGUUUACCGAUGACACCCUCGAGCUAGCUUUCGAUACAAUUUCCACUAACCAAACGGCUGCUAUCUGUGCCGCUGCCAUUUCAUCCUCCGGGGGCUGUUACAAUGCACUGCUAGACGUACGAUGCCCGCGAGGCGAUGUCGAUACGCAUGUUUCCAUGGCAUACGAUAUGAUUGGAGAGCCAUAUGUGAUGGGAGGCAAAGAAGUCCAGGCCCAGCCAGAAAAUCUCUCAUUUGGAGCGCAAUGGGCGAAUACCGUCGAAGUCCUUUUGCAGAGCCGUCAGGUCACCUCCCAACGGUUCCAGGUCAAGCCAGGAGGCCUAGCCGGGAUUGCUUCGGGGUUGGAUUGGCUGCGGCAAGGCAAGGUGCGGGCCUCAAAGCUGGUGUAUAAGGUCGAUGAAACUGCUUGA